CACGCUCUGUAAAGAAUUGCUUUUCACCAUCACAAUGCCCGCCAUCCGAGUUGCUCCCACGCGAGCCCAGCAAGCCGUGGGCCUCCUGCGCGCCAUCAAUUCCGGCACCAGUACAUGCCCAUGUCACUCCAACCCCGGUCAUCACCACCAUGCUCAGAAGAAUCCUACCGCUGGACGCGUACGGUCGCUGGCGACCCCUGUGGGCAGUGCACACCAACAGAAAGAAUAUGCCUUCGAGAUGGCCGCGUCCAGCAUUCGAUUCGGUCCCGGCUGCACCAAGGAGGUCGGCAUGGACUUCAAGAACCUGCACGCCAAGAAGGUCAUGGUCGUGACCGAUUCUACGGUGACGAAGCUGGAUGCAAUGAAGCAAUCGAUCGAAGGCCUGGAACGUGAAGGCAUUGCUUUCCACGUCUUCGACAAAGUCAAGGUUGAGCCGAAAGACUACUCUAUUCGGGAGGCCAUCGACUUUGCCAAGCCGUAUGCACCUGAUGCUUUUCUGGCUGUCGGUGGCGGCAGUGUGAUCGAUACUGCCAAGCUGAUGAACCUGUACACCACCUGUCCCGAUGCUGAAUUUCUGGACUUCGUCAACGCGCCCCUUGGAGCAGGCAAGCCGAUCACGUCUAAGCUUAAGCCUCUGAUCGCUGUGCCAACCACUGCUGGAACGGGUUCUGAGACCACGGGCACGGCCAUCUUCGAUCUCGUAUCGAAGAAAGCGAAGACUGGUAUCGCUCAUCGCAACCUUAAGCCCACCCUCGGAGUUUGUGACCCGAUCAACACUCGCACCAUGCCAUCAGCAGUCCACGCCUCAUCCGGUCUUGAUGUUCUCUGCCACAGUCUUGAAUCAUGGACAGCCAUACCUUACUACGAACGAGUUCCGAGACCAACCAAUCCAAUCAAUAGGCCUGCCUACCAAGGUGCCAAUCCAAUUAGCGACAUCUUCUCGCUCCAGGCCCUCAAAGAUACUGUCAAAUAUCUUCCUCGUGCUGUUAAGGAUCCGGAUGACUGGGAGGCUCAAUCCAAGAUGCUCCUUGCUGCCACACUCGCGGGCGUAGGUUUCGGGAACGCAGGUGUCCAUCUCUGCCACGGAAUGUCAUACCCAAUUUCAUCGCAGAAUCCCGGCUACCAACAUGCUGGCUAUGAAGUGCAAACUCCGAUCAUUCCUCAUGGAGUCUCAGUGGCGGUCAGUGCACCAGCAGUCUUCAGGUUUACCGGUGCUUCGAAUCCAGAGCGACAUCUCGCAGCUGCGGAAGCAUUUGGUGUCGAUGUUUCGAAUGCGAAGAAGGACAGUGCUGGCGAGAUUCUCAGUGAGGCAUUGGCAGAGUUCCUCGUGAAGCUUGGCGAUCAACCGAGAGGUCUCAAGGCCUUGGGCUUCAAGAAUGAGCAUAUCGAUGCGCUGGUGGAGGGCACCAUGCCGCAAGCACGUGUAUUGAUGCUGGCACCGAAUUUGGAGAUGCAAGAUACUUCUGCUGAAAGGGAACAGCUCCGAGGAUUAUUCGAAAAUGCAAUGGAGUACUAGGUCAUUCGAGCUAGAAUUGUAGUUUCGACAGAGCAAAGCAGAUCUCUCAGC